CACGUUGGUUUAAUUUUUUAAGUGAAUCAUACAUAUAAAGGAAGUUAUAUGUGUGUGUAUAUGACUGUGUGGGGUUAUUGUAUUGGCCUGUCGGUUAUUAUUCGAGCGUGAGGCGGAUUUCAGCACCGGGAGCUGUCCGACACAUCCGGAUGAUGCCGCGUAAACCGACGAUGCUGAGCUCGAUCUGCUGAAAUCCUCUCUCUCUCUUUCUCUCUCUCUCUCUCUCUCUCUCUCUCUCUCUCCUCUUCUCUCCCUCCUCGCUCCUCUCCUCCACACGCACAAAACGCUCUGUCAUGGCGUCUUCCAACAAUGUUACCCCCACCAACUGUAGCUGGUGGCCCAUCUCAGCCAUGGAUGAAGACGGCAAAAUCACAGACGGGGAGGAGUGCGAAGAACCGACGACGGAGCCCACCAAACCCUUCAACAAAGACAGGCUGGUUUUGUACCACUGGACGCAAUCGUUCACCUCCCAAAAGGUACGUCUUGUCAUAAACGAGAAGGGUCUGGUCUGCGAGGAGAGGGAUGUGAGCUUGCCCCUGCAGGAGCACAAGGAGCCCUGGUUCAUGAGGCUGAACCUGGGAGAGGAGGUUCCCGUCUUCCUCCACGGGGAGACCAUCAUCAGUGACUACAACCAGAUUAUAGACUAUCUGGAGAAAACCUUUGUGGGAGAAACGGUGUCUCAGCUGGUUCCUGACGCAGAAUCACCUGUCCACGAGCGCGUGCAGCAGUACCGUCAACUACUCGACGGUCUGCCCAUGGACGCUUACACACACGGCUGCAUCCUCCAUCCAGAGCUCACCACUGACUCCAUGAUCCCAAAGUACGCCACUGCAGAAAUACGGAGACACCUUGCCAAUGCUGCGACAGAGUUGAUGAAGUUGGACCACGAGGAGCCUCAGCUGACAGAACCGUACCUGUCCAAGCAGAAGAAACUCAUGGCAAAAAUUUUGGACCACGAUAAUGUGAAUUACCUUAAGAAAAUUCUGGGGGAGUUAGCGAUGGUACUAGAUCAAGUGGAGGCUGAACUGGAGAAAAGAAAACUAGAGUAUCAAGGUCAGAAGUGUGAGCUGUGGCUAUGUGCACCUGAAUUUACACUAGCGGAUGUCUGCCUCGGAGCCUUGUUGCACAGGCUCAAGUUCUUGGGACUUUCUAAGAAAUACUGGGAGGACGGCAGCCGACCCAACCUGCAGUCCUUUUUUGUGCGUGUGCAAAAACGCUACGCUUUCCGCAAGGUCUUGGGCGACAUCCACACGACGCUCCUGUCGGCGGUCCUACCCAACGCCUUCCGGAUGGUAAAAAAGAAGCCACCGUCCUUCUUCGGGGCCUCUUUUCUCAUGGGCUCCCUGGGAGGGAUGGGCUACUUUGCCUACUGGUUUUUAAAAAAGAAAUACAUGUAGUGAAUGCCCUCUUGUUGUGUUAAAUGUCUGUGUAUUUGUGUGAUGUUUCAACUUUUCUGUAAUGUUUUAUGACUGCAGGAAAACAUAAUGAAUCUAUAUAGAGAACACUAUUACUUACCUGGGUGAACAAAGAAUAUUAAAACAUUCCAUAAUAAGAAAUCCUUGACAGCACAUUUUCUGGGAAUCAAGGCCUUCAUCCACUUUCAUUUUCUGGCAACUUGCAGCUCUCAGUGUCGGCAAGUCCUUGUUUUAACUUAAGUUGGAGGCAUGCAUCAGGUCCACUUUUACUGAAAACUUUUAAGUAGAAACCCAGAAAUGUUAAACACAGUAACACCAACAGGGGUUAACUGACCUUCGCAUGCCACUAUUAUAGUCAUUACUCAUCGUACCUGCUCCUCACUCCUCCCAUCAGCCUGAGGUUUAACCAGUAAAACCGCAGGAACACGUUCAUGACAAAAACUCUCUGAAAAGUGCUGUGCUGCCAGAAACUGCCAAUUAUAACCAUGAAAGGAUGGAGGCAAACUGUAAGGGAGUAGUUUGACAUUUUCGGGAAAUUAUUCUCCUCACUUUUUGCAGAGACUUGCAUCUUUGAGUUGAUACCAUCUCAAUUUCUGUCCUUUUUUAAAUGAAGCUACAACCAGGGGAUGGUUAGCUUAGCUGAGGAAAAAGACUGGAAUCAGGGGCGAUACCUUACCUGGCUCUGCUUAUCGCUGCCUAGCUGCAUAAGUUUGCUAAAAAUGAAGCUUGAGUUGCAUUGUAGCAUUUUACAACUGCAGAAUAAAUCAGAAUCUAACAGUAAUCUGCUGACUGCAACCAAUUAAUGUCCAUUCAGGGCUACUGUAGAAGAAAUGGCUGUCAAACAUUACAUGCUCCAAGACAGAUGACUCACUCCCUCUGUAGAUAUUAAGGGCUUAUUCUAAGGACACAAUAUACAGUUUGUUAUAAAACACAUGUGAAGAUAUACUUUGGUAAAGUUUCAGAAAUAACUGAAUAUAUGGGCUGGCUGCUCUUUUGAUUUCCCCCCUUCAAAGCAGCAUAUACGUGUAGCUAGGCUAACAUAGCUGAGAACAACACAAUGAGUCUCUCUCAUAAAAUAGCAACUUUAUACUCAAAAUAUUACAACUUGAUCCUCCGAUGACUUUACUAAUGUAAUAUUAAGGCUUAAUUCUCUUAAUACUUUGUCUGUUCUAAUGACUCGUAAUAAGUAUUCUUCACAUUUUACAAACUGAGAAAGGAGAUUAAAACUACUACGCAUGUUUGCAUCUUGGAAAAAGAGCUGCAAGAGAAGCACCACAACGUGAAAGUAACAAUUUGUUAGGGUCUGUGGUUUAAGACUUGACCCCUUAAUCUGACCCCGAUUGGGAGCACAUAACCCUCAUUUAAAAA